AUGAGAUUUAAAACAUUCAUAGAACUUUACUUAAUUAUCCAAUAUUUAAGUAAAAUCAUUCAUGAUGCAAAGGCUGAAAUGGAAAUAAUUUACGAUCAUUACGAAUGCAAUGCCACAAGUUCGAUUGUAACACAUAGUAAUUGCUAUCUUAGCAAAAACAUUAAAAGACGUACGUUCAAUUUAGAAUUGAAAUACAUUAAGGAUGUUAAAAAUUUUUUCUUUGAUUUAAUUAUGGUUAUGCCUCGACAGCCAAAAAAUUUUGUUUUAAUUAAUAUUAGUAGAGCGAAUGGUUGUCAAGUUCUUUCAAAUGAAAAUCAAAUUGUGCUUGUGCAAUUAGGCCGUGCUCAUUUGGAUAAAUAUAGUAACUUUCCCAAGAAGUGUCCUUUUUUGAAGAAUGCGCUCUAUUAUGUACGCGGAUAUCGUUAUGAUAUUAGAACAAUGCCAGCUUUUUCAUUUGAAACAAGUAUGAUGGUUUGGAUUAACUUUUAUUCGGAUCGCACCAAAAUCUGGGAAAUGCUGCUAAAAACUCAUAUUGCAAAAAAGGGACGUCGUAACUAG